AUGUCUCCUGGAAUGACCCUUUUCUCCAUCCAGGCCAUCCUCAUCCUGGGCACCGAGGAUGGCUCCCGGAUAUUCGCAAAGUACUUUCAGCCGCCGCACUCAGCGCCCCACGGCCCUUCGAGCGCCUCCUCCAACCCCUACCCCGAUGUCAAGUCGCAAAAGGCCUUUGAGAAGGGCCUCAUUGAGAAGACGGCCAAGCAGACUGGCGACAUCAUCCUCUACGACAACCGGAUCGUGCUGUACAAGAUGGAGUCGGACGUCAUGAUGUACGUCGUCGGUAGCGUCGACGAGAACGAGAUUCUGCUGUACAACACCGUCCUCGCACUGAGGGACUCUCUCCACCUUCUCUUCAAGCAAUCCGUGGACAAGCGGACAAUUGUCGAGAACUACGACCUCGUUUCCCUCGCCAUUGACGAGAUCGUCGACGACGGCAUCAUCCUCGAGACCGACCCCACCAUCAUCGUCCAGCGCGUGAGCAGAGCUCCCACCCAGGACCUCCCCGUGGGUCGCAUCGACCUCAGCGAGCAGGGCGUCAACAACCUGGCGCAGCUAGGAAAGUCGAAACUGGCGGACUGGCUCCGGCAGGGCCUGUAA